AUGCAUCAGUACAUUCCUCCCCCGCCGCCCCAGCCCUCGAGCACGCCCGCCGGCCACAUUGCGCUGCCUCCGCCGCCGCCACGGCCAACGGGCUACAACAACCUGGGCGGCAUCCCCAUUCCUCCUCCCCCGCACUCGACAAACUGGGGACCACCACGGCCCCAGUACCAGCAGCCGGGCUACGAUCCAGGCCAAUACCGCAUCUAUCCCCACAACCUACCCCCUCCCCCAGGCCCCCCGCCCCAGCAGAUUCCCGUCGAGCGCGAGCCUCCUCUGACCUCAGCCACCUACAUACCCGGCGGCGAGUCGUUUGGACCCGGCGUUGGCAUCCCCCCGUUACACACCUCCAGAGGCUAUUCGGAGCCCUACUACAGAGACGACUCCCACUCGGCCACCACCGAAGCUCCGCCCCAGCCCUUUUCCAGCAGCCUCCUCGAUAGCGUCCAGAGCGUCCAGUAUGGCUCCAAUGGCUACAACAUGCCUCCCACACCCAAUGUCCGCAAUAACCUCAACAUACCUACCGACAGAACAAACGCCUACGACUCGCCUGGCCCUCCAACAGCGACCCUGCAGAACCCCAUGGUCCAGAGCCAUGGCAGCGUCUACUAUCGCCCAGAGAGCAACGGCACCACGCCAAUAUCCCCUCACGAUGCCUCCAUGCAAUGGCCCGCCGAGCGCGUUCAGCAGUGGCUGGCAAGCAACAACUUUUCCCGCGACUGGCAAGAGACGUUUAGGACCCUGGGCUUGGAAGGAUCUAAAUUUCUCGACAUUGGCCGUGGUCACGGAAGCAAGGGAAAUGUGGCCAUGAUGCACCAAGUCAUCUUUCCCCAGCUAGCCAAGCAGUGCACUGCAAGCGGGACCGGGUGGGAUCAGAACAGGGAGCGUGAUGAAGGUCGCAAGCUCCGCAGACUGGUUCGUGGCAUUGUGGAAUCAGGUGCUUCAAACUCAUAUCGGCCUCCGCCCCAACGGUCUGACACAGGCAUGACAAGCGCAGGCACAGAAGGCACCCUGGAAAAUUCGCCCUAUCUUGGAUCCCGCGGCAUGGACUUUGGUUCAACGCCAACAACUGCAGGCAAUGGCGAGGAAAGCCCCGGGCGCCAACUGCUCGUGCAUUCACCUGGCGCGAGUAUUAAUCCGUCCAGGCGCAUUUCCACCCAGCAGCGCAACUUCACUGUCCCCGGCCUGGGGCCCACGCCGGACUUUUCAGAAGGACCUGCGCGCAGUCCCUAUUCGCGGGAGGUUCUCCAAGGUCUCGACAUCAAGCAAGUACGACAUAGCCCAAAUACGUCUUCUGAAUUCGGACCAUCGUCACUGGGCGCUGGAACCCACCGUCAGUCAAGCCCGCAGCACAGUCCAGGUCUCCCAUCUGCUCGCCUUGCUACAAACAGCGGACAGCUGAGCGCGGGCCUGACCACCCAAGGCUCCCGUUACUACUCGCCCCACAACCGCGUCAACAGUGCUGAGUCGAUCAAUUCUACUUUUGCCAAUAAUGGUUCAGGGCCGCCUUCUGGUAGAUCCUUCGAGGGCCGUCCUGAAAGCCGCAGUGAGAAUCGGAAGAAUGGGUGGGAAGGCACGCGGCCCAACGCGGCUCUCAUGGACAUUCCGACUAGCGCCAAGGAUCACGAAAAAGGAUUCUUCAAGAAGAUCAUGGGCGGAAGAAAGAAGGACAGCCACCCGUCUGACGAUACUAGUUUAGAUUCUCCGACCAGCCCAGCCAGCCAUCGCACUCACCCCAGCGGAUCUCUUUUUGGGAAGUCGACUAUGAACUCGAGUGAAACAUCUCUGAACGAGCGUCCUCCAUCAAGACGCUCUGCACAGACGGAUUCCGACAACCGUGCUGCUGGCCGUGGCCGCACUCACGGCAAAGAAGAUCGAAAGUUUGCUUUUGUCACACCAGACGGCUACAACUAUCGCCUUCUCGACAUCACUAACGUCGAUUCAGCGACUUCAUUACGAACACUGUGUUGUGAGGAGCUGAUUCAAGGAUUAAGCAAGGUACCCGGAAUUGAACUGCACCUGACCGUUCCUGGCCAGUAUGAACACAAUCGCCCGCUUUCCGACUCCAAGUUGCUCAAGGCUCGGUCGCAAUACGGAAACCGGUUUGGUGAGCUGAAGAUCUUUGUCAAAAUACCUCCAGAAGGAGCAGUUGGGUCGUCAACCGGGCUUGGUGUCUCGCUCCCUCACGCUGCUGCCCGGACGGUUGAUGACAACGCAUACUCGCGUCUCAAUGCCGAUUCUCAGCUGGAUUCGCCAGGUGCCAAAUCAGAAGAAUCCACGCUAGUUGCAGACAAGAGCGCAGCUCUACGCAAAAUGGCCGAUAAAAAUGAGCUUCUACCCAGUGAUGCAGCCGAAAGGUCGCACGGAGGCAGUAGUAGUAGCAGCAGCAAGCCGCCCGAGUCCUGGGAUUCGCGUGGCGAUGUGUCUGAGGAGGAACGCCGUAAGCUGCUACUAGAAGCAGCUGCAGAAGAGCACCGAAGGGAGAUGAAGCGGAAACAAGAAGAGUAUCUCAAAACUCGUUUCCCCAAGAUGAAUGGGCAAAGCCCUGAUCUGAACUCUGCGACCAGCGACAGCAUCAGCUACCGAAGCCAGCGGGUCAUCGACUUUGACGAACCACGCGCUUCGCCUUACGAGGAUCUGAAGAAACCCUUCGAUGACCAACAGCGCAAGAGCAAGCAACUCGUACCCUUGAGGGAACCGCCGCCUGUGCCAGCUGAUACCAGCACACUUUUGAAAGCUAACUCGUUGACAAAGAACAAGAAAGGCAUCCGGCCCUCGCAACAAGUACUGCAGGAGAACGGUUUCGGCGCCAGAACCGGCUCCGGUAGAAAUAGUCCAGGUGGGUCGCCCCGCAGCCCUGGUGAAUAUACCAUGAGCAAAGGCAACAUACCAUUCAGAAUUCCUGACUAUGAAGAAGCUUUCAGUACCGAUUCCCCGACCGAGCGGCCAGACCUUAGCAUUUUGGUGCCGGAUUUUGCAGGCCCCAACCAAAGGGAUGAUCGAUCUCGGUCGCCAGGCCGAAGCCCUCACACCGCACAAUCUACGGAACCUAGCCUUACCAGGGAGCCGUCUAGAGUAUCGGUAUAUGGCCCAACCCAUGACUUUGAGGAAGCCCGAGUCUCUUUUAUUACGAAGUCGCCCAACCUUGAUCCAAUGGAUGCGGACGAUGAUGAUUCUGAUGAUGGACUAUUCCAAGCGCCACUCGCCGGACGAGCUGGUCCUCCUCCACCUGAAAAGGACGCACCUAUUACUAGAAUCAACUCUCGUAGCCGGAGACCGAACCUCCGACUCAAAACGCAAAGAUCAAAGAACUCACUAGCCCAGGUGACUGAAAAAUCAGCAGAACCAAGCGCAAUGGGCGAUCACGAAUCUCAGGCCAGCGAUUGGCAUCCUGAGUCGGCCGCAUCAACAACAUGGACCGACUCGCCAGACGACACGAACAAGUUUUCACGCCGUGAAUCAUUUGCCAGUGAUGUUUGGGCUAACCGUCCACCGGCUGAAACCCUUGUGGACCAUCUUGAUGAGCUCUUUCCCAACGUCAAUCUCGAUCAGCCUAUGCUUGAGGAGGCCGAGACGGAUGGGUCCACAGAGUUCAUACCAGAAAACAACAAGCCUUUGCCAGCCGACCCCACUCCUUCGAAUCCAACUCUCCACCGAGGUGGUGCUGGAUUGCAGUCGAUUGCACAGCGCAACAUGCGCAAGUCAGGCGCUGGCUUGGGACGCACAAAGUCUAUUCGUGAAGUCGUCAAGUCGCAGUAUCAGCCACUAGAGAACAGACACUUGCCAGGCCAUGUACCCGCCGGACCAGGGCCAUCACGCGUUGCUACGUUACGCAAUGGUGGUGACAUAAUCAGGAGAAAAUCUACCAAGAUGUUCAACGCGAGGACGGAACAAGUUCGACCACAGCGUGGAUCGCGUCUUGUUAUGGAGACGAUACCCCAAGAUCAUCUAUCCAGCAUGCCGUCACGCCAGCCAACGUUCAAAUGGAUGAAGGGACAGCUGAUUGGCAAGGGCACGUUUGGUCGUGUGUACCUGGGUAUGAACAUCACGACUGGUGAAUUGAUUGCUGUCAAGCAAGUAGAGGUCAAUGCCAAAGCGGCCGGCUCGGACAAGGACAAGAUUAAGGAAUUGGUCAAGAGUCUGGAUCAGGAGAUUGACACCAUGCAGCAUUUGGAUCAUCCCAAUAUUGUGCAGUAUCUUGGUUGCGAACGCAAGGAAUACAGCAUUUCCAUUUUCCUCGAGUACAUUUCUGGUGGCUCGGUAGGAUCGUGCAUCCGCAAGCACGGCAAGUUUGAAGAAAGUGUUGUUUCAUCUCUUACCAGGCAGACGUUACUGGGUCUCUCGUACCUACAUCGCGAAGGUAUUCUGCACCGCGACCUCAAAGCCGACAACAUUCUCCUCGAUCUUGACGGCACAUGCAAAAUUUCUGAUUUCGGUAUUUCCAAGAAGACCGACAACAUUUACGGCAACGACGUAACAAAUAGCAUGCAAGGCUCCGUCUUUUGGAUGGCGCCCGAAGUGAUCCGCUCGCAGGGCCAGGGCUACUCGGCCAAAGUGGACAUCUGGUCCCUCGGCUGCGUGGUGCUCGAAAUGUUUGCGGGUAAACGUCCUUGGUCCAAGGAAGAAGCCAUCGGCGCUAUUUACAAGCUCGGUAGCCUCAAUCAGGCACCCCCCAUCCCCGAAGAUGUCAGCCGCGUGAUUGGCGUCGAGGGUCUAAGUUUCAUGUACGAUUGCUUUACUAUCGAUCCCAUGGAACGACCGACGGCGGAGACUUUGUUGCGGGCUCCGUUUUGCUUUUCGGAUCCAAAUUAUAAUUUCUUGGAUACAGAGCUGUAUGCGAAGAUUAGGGGGGCUUUUCAGUAG